AACGGUCAAGUUGGCAAAUUCGCUUUCUCCGUUUGCGAUUGUCACGAUCGUGUCUACAUAGUGUCUAUGUAGUGUCUUGUGAUUGCGUAUCUCGUUGAAGUCACAAUUUAUUCAUCAUACUCUGCAGCACAUUCAAAAUAUUCCUUCGCUGCAUAUUGUCCGCAACCGCAUAUUUUCCGUAUGCAAAUUUCACUCGAAUAACGACGCCGCGAUUGCCGUAGUACAGUCGCAACAAGAUGGCCGCAGCCGCGGCCGCCGCGUUGCUUGACGAGCUGAUGGGCAGGAAUAGGAACGUUCUGCCCAAUGAAAAGCCCAAAGAGCUCAACUGGGAAGAUCCUGAGUUUUGUAAGCUGUACUUGGUUAAGUUCUGUCCUCAUGAUUUGUUUGUCAAUACAAGAGCAGACUUAGGUGCUUGUCCCAGAAUGCAUGAUGAUGAGGCCAGGGAAUUAUUUGAAAAAGCACCACCUUCAUAUCGCAAGCAACAAUAUGAAGAUGAAUUCAUCAGAUACUGCCAGAGUAUGUUAAAUGAGGUAGAACGUAAGAUUGUGAAAGGAAAGCAGCGAUUAGCCUUGAUUGGUAGAACAGAAGCGCCGACAUUAACAUUGGCUCAAACGCAAAAAAAUGAGGAACAGAUUGCUCUAUUGACAGAGAAAAUAAACAAAUUAGUAGAUGAAGCAGAACAAAGUGGAAUUCAAGGUAAUGUUGAACAGGCACAGGGUUUGAUGCGCCUCUGUGAUCAGCUGAAAGAAGAACGAGAGACUUUAAAGAAAUCCAAUGACAAUAGUCACUAUAAUCAAACAGCUGAAUUAGCUGCAGCACAAGAGAAACAGAUGGAGGUGUGUGAUGUUUGUGGCGCAUUUUUAAUCGUUGGUGAUGCUCAACAGCGAAUUGAUGAUCAUCUGAUGGGCAAGCAACAUGUAGGUUAUGCAAGAUUGAAGAGUGCCCUUCAAGAGAUCAUGAGCAAGCGCGAAAAAGCGCGCGAUGAAAAAGAACAGAAGAGAGAAGAAGAGCGAAAACAAAGAGCGCGUGCAAAUGAAGAAAUGGAUAGGCGGCGAAGAGGAGACGGUGAUAGAGAUAGAGAUCGUGAUAGAGAAAGGGACAAACGUCGUAGACGUACAGACGAUGAUAAGCGACACGACUCAAGCAGUCAUAGAAACUCCGGGCAUAGAAGUAGGAGUAGAUCACGAGACAAGCACGAACGUCACCGUGAUGAAGAUAGUCAUCGACGUCACAACCGAGGAACUCGCGAUCAUCGAGGUACUAGCCAUCACAGCCGGCGCCGACACCGCUCGCGAAGCCGAAGUCACAAGUAACUUCUCUUGAUUGGUUAGUGAGUGAGAAGUAAGCCAGGUAUGCACCCAACAAUAUAACCAUAUUCGUCUCAAUUACUGUACAGGUACUCUUUCGAUCCAGGUGAGUUGCCAUUCCGAUGCACAUAAUACAUAUACAUGAUAAUAUAAUCUGUGAUGUUUGAAGCGCCGCGUAAAUCGCACAGCAAGUUCGUCUCGCUCUCUCUGAAACACACUCUAUCUCUCUCCGCCUCUCUCUAUAUGAAUUAUCAUCACUAGUCGUUUCUCGUAAAGUAAAAUUCGAUUACAUUAAUCCGACACCAUUGCCUUUUCAAUAUCACAUUUUUCCUUACCGUUAAAAACACAAUUUGUAAUUAAUGAUACGAUUAGGUGUAUAACAUGUGAGAGAUAGUGAAUUCAACAAGCCAACAAGUUUUAUCUUGAUACUUAUCUCUCUAGGUAAUAUGCUAUUAUCUACAAUGAAACAAUUAAUUUAAUGCAACAAGGGUCUCUAAUUUACUUUUCUGUGACUUGGCAGAAUUAAUUUCAAAAAUAAAUUUUAAAUUCUUUGGAGUCAGGUUAUAUUAUUGCAGUGAUUUUAAAGAUAAUUGUUUUUACGAAGAGUUUUGAUUAAAUCCAUAUUUAUUAACAAUUAAUCUCAACUAUCACAUUGAUCAUGUUCUAAAAUAAUUGCAAAACCGGCACCGAUUAAUAAUUUAAUCUUUGUGUGUGACGAUUGUUUAACAGUCACUUUAAUCGUAAUUAAUUUAUUAAUACGUUAAAAUGAUAGCGAUAAUAAUAGAUUAUUGUCCAGCACUGAUAGAAACGCAAUUAACUAACUGGUAUCACAUACUGUGCACUUUUUUGUAUACCAAGCAAGCUGGGAGAAGGUAUACCUAUGCUUGCUUCCAUCGAUUAUAAUUCUAUAUCCGAGAAGCGGAUAGACAUAGAUCCAAAAAGUUGCCUUUUUUCCAGGAGAACUCGUGAACUUCCGUGAACUCAUCCGGAUUCGUGGAUACACGGUUUUAAGAUGUUUUAAGCCUGGAUAAAAAUGUACAAUCAGGUUAACAUUCAAUGUUUAAGAUAAUGUAGAACCAUGGUGUUUAUAUCAUAUAUCUACUUCCAAAUAAAACAAAUUGCAUUGUACAAAAGUACAAUUUGUCAGUUACUUUUUUUGUCAUUAUAACGUGGACUUAUCGCAUUGUUUCUAGAUAACCGAAUUUUGAGAGUUUUUCAAUUUGCUUCGUUUUGUAGCCUGUAUGUGAGUUUGUAUUCCCCGUUGCGAGGAUAAUGUUGGAUCUUAUUCUUCUCUGCUUUUCGGACAUAGAACUGUCUUUCGUAGGUAGGUUCGUUAAAAAUGCGGGAUUGUUCGCGCGUCGAUUAGAGAGAGGGAGAGAGAGAGAAAGAGAUUUAGUGAUUUAGUGUGGAGGGGACACAGCUCUCAGUGCCCGCUUCGUAGAGCUUCGUCCACGACUGCAAAUGCACGAGUGCACAACUACGAGUGCGCCCUGCAAACGUGUGACUGUGACUAUACGAAGCUCUAGCUUCUGCCACGCAAUUGACGAGGUAUUUAUGCCGGAAUGAUAAUACCAACACAUGUCCUUCUGCCCAGAAGAAUAUUCCCCGUGCUUCUGUUCUCGAAUACCGUUUUCUUCGAGUCUUUGGCGAGCUAGGGAUCUAAUCAUUCUAGGUGUGUUGCUUUAGACAGUGCAGGAAUUCUUCACAGGGUGACUGAAUCUCUUUAUGUACGACUGAGACAAUAAAGGAAGGAACUAAAACAUUUAUCAUUAAAAAAAAUUAAGAUUAACAUUAAUGGACUACAUAAUCUUUAUCGUAAAAAGGAUAUUUCUAGACGAGAAUACCAUUUUCUUUCAAUACAAGAAAAUGAAUAUUAAAGGAAGAAUACAAAUAAUACGAUAUCUCUCUCUCUAAAAGCAAACGCUGAUUAAUAUUUUUAAUACACGAUCUUCCUGAAGGGAAAACUAUUUAAAUAUUUUCGGAAUUCACCGAUAAGUCACUACCUCAUCUGACAAUGAAAGUUAGAUGAUUAGGCGCAUCAGCCGAUGUUCGAUGUCGUUAACUGAGACAAUUGAUAACACUAUAAUAAUAAUAAUAAUAAUAAUAAUAAUAAUAAUAUGAUGCGCUUAUUAAACAAACACAUAAUCAACAGA